AAAGAAAAGAUUAGCAGCAGCAUUUUCUCUCACGAGACUGAUCAGCAAAUUGAGUUCAUGAUGCAGCUUUAUGCAGCUCUGAUCCUGAGUGUGACUCUGUCUGCAGCAUGUGGUUUAAGAUGCUACACAUGCGAAAGUUCAGAUCCUAAAUCCUGCACAAACACCACAGCUUGUGAUUCUGGCUUCGACCGUUGUUACUCUCUCAGAGUAAACGCUCUUAAUGCAGUUACAAAGGGCUGCCUGCCCAGUGCAUUAUGUGUUUGGCCUAUGUCUUGCUGUGAAGCGGAGCUGUGUAACAGCGCUAUUCCAACUGGUCCCAGUGCCAUCGUUCUGCUGGUAUCUUCAGCCAUCCUCAAAUUUCUUUUCUGA